CUUGAGAAACACCGUCAUAGCCUUCUGAGCCUUCUUAUAAUUGCUUAUCCACCUCAACCCUUACUCAAAUACUUUCUUCACAGUUUUGGACUCAGUCCUCGGGGCGCUUGGCCGCAGCGCUGCUAUGGCGGAUCAUAUUGGCUCUGCUUUUGGGGCUCUGGCGGGAGCUCCCGUUCCAGGUGGAGGUGCAGACGUUCCCCUUUCACCUCAGUGGAGGCAGCCAUUUGGCCGGACCACUAGCACGGAGCCACCCAUGAAAAGCGCUCUGAUUGGGCCGUGGGACGGAAACAGCACCGGUGCACCAGCUUCCAAGGCUGACGCCGCCGCCAAACAGGCUGGUACUGCGUGGAGGGGCCCUGAUGGCCCGCCCAGUCGUGACCCUAAGUGGCCAGAGAAGGACAGGCCGGACUAUAACGCGGCACGCGACCGUCCUGCGCCUGCUGGCCGCUGGCGCGAGCGGGAGGAGGACUUGCGCGAUCGGAACAGCGCCUGGGAGAGCGACAGGUGGGGUUCGGUUGAGGAGCCGCGCCGCUGGCAGGAGGACCGGAGCACAGAUCGCUGGGGUGACUCGGCCGGCCGUGGUCGCGGGCGCCCACCUGCCGAUGAUCGCUGGAGCGAUAGGAAGCCCAGCGGCACCCCCGAGCGUGAGUGGCUGCCCGGCAUGCCGCCGGAGCCGGAGCUGCCCAAGCGCCCCUCAAUUCAGGACCGCUGGGGCUCCGAGAGUGCGGAACGUCGUCCUGGGGAGGACCGCUGGCGCACGCCUGGGGCUGCAGGUGGCGGCACUCCCCUCUCCGGAGGCUCUGCAGACUCGGUGUUCUCGGCAACGCAGGCCGGCAGGGGCCGGGGAUUUGCAGCGGGCCGCGGCAGGGGCAUUAAGCCGACGGGUCCCACCGCGCCGGGCUCGGGCGUACCGGACCGCUGGGAUGCCCCACGCGGGGCCAGCCUGGACCGCCAGGACAGCGCCACGGCAGCGGGAGGUAACGGCUACAAUGGCGGUAGCAGCAACCCGUCGGGUGAUGUACGGCGCUACAGCUCUCCUCAAAUGAACAAGAUUUACAAUAGCUUGCUGAACUCUCAUGGCGAAAAGUUGCCAAUGCCGCGGAUUAACCCCGAGGUCACGGUGCAGUAUCCCGAGUACCUUGCCGGCAUGGCGGCGGAGGCAGCAGCAGCGGCAGCCGCACAGCAGCUUGGUGGCGGUGGGUCGAACUCUGGUCCUGCCGAUUCGGGCGCUCCCGUUCCCUCGGGCGGUUCGACCACUUCGGGUCACAGUGCGCCCGGGGCUGCUCCCGGCCAGCUGGCGUCAUCGGGCUCCAUUCCGCCGCUGCCGCUGCUGGUGACGCAUGAGCUGUAUCUGCAGGACCAGUGGGUUUACAAGGACCCGCAGGGAGUGACCCAAGGCCCUUUCGCACGCUCGGACAUUCUGGAAUGGCUGGCUUUCCAUUACUUUGGGGAGGACCUUCCCAUCCGCGCGGCAGCCCUGGCGGACGCGCCCUUCAUCCCGUUGGGUCAGAUGAUGAAGAUGUGGGACGCCAUUGAGCGUGGUCGGCCGCUGGGGCCGCCCGGGUUCGUGCCCACCGCUCCGCCCGUCGUGCCUCAAACCGCGGAGUCGGCACAGCAACAGCAGCAGCUCGCCUCCAUGUCCUCUCUCAACCUCUCCUCGGCGCCUUCGGGCGACCUGUCGCAGCUGCAGCAGCAACAGCAGCAGCAACCACCACAGCAGCAGCAGCCUGCCCCCACACAAGCCCCCGCUGCGGGGGCAGCAGGCAGUGGCCAGGGUGCACAUCGCACAUCCUCCCUUCUGGAGACGCUGCUUGGCCGCAAGCUUGCCUCGGAAACUUCGAUUCCGUCGCCGUCCGCGCCUAGCUUGGGUGCUGGGCCGCAAGGACCCAUGGGGCAUGGCGGUCCCGCCGGGCCCGAUGCGGCUCAUCAGCAGCCUGGCGGCGCGCGGCCGUUCACGUUGGAUCCCCCGGUGCAGCUGCCUUCAGCGAGCUCCGGCGGUCUUGGUGCGGGGCCGCUUGGAGGGCUUGGCGGCCUUGGAGGGCCCCUGGGGAGCGGCUUGGGCGGCUUUGGUGCGGGCCUCCCCAUGGGCGGGGGCAUGGGGCCGGGUGGCAUGGGCGGCAUGGGGCCGGGUGGCAUGGGCUCGGGCGCUUGGGGCGGCCCGCUGGGCGGCCCGGGGGUUCCGCUUCCUGGCGGCCCUGGGGGGCCCAUGCUGCCGGGCUGGGGGCGAGACCCGCUCGUUGGGGGAUUCGACCCGCUGCGGCGCCCCGACAUGCAUCCUGCCCUGCAUCCGGCAUCCGGUAUCUGGGGAGCGGGGCCUUUCAGGCCGGAGGGACCGCCCUUGGGGCCGGGCGCCUUCGCGCCUGCGCCAGUCCCGCCGGAAGCCACGGCGCAGCAACCGCUGCCGCAAGUGUCCGACGGCAUGAUGGGCAAGGCUCCAUCCCAGCUUCCAUCCACCUCGCCAACCGCUGCUUCGCAAGCACAGCAGCAACCUGCCCCGCAGCCACAACAGGCUGCGCAGCCGCCUCCGCCGGCGGCGCCCUCUCCCCCGUCGGCUUGGGGCUCCGCUAGCCAGGCGCAGCCUGUGGGCCCUGCACGCAGCUUGGCGGAUAUUCAACGGGAGCAGGCGAUGGAGGCCGCACGGCAAGCGGCAAUCCAGGAGCAGCAGCAGCAGCGAGCGAUGGCCUCGGCCGCUGCUGCGGGGCAGCCCCAGCCCCCAGCCCCGCCCGCCCCCGCUCCUCCCGCGCCGGAGGCGCAGCAGCAGCAACAGCCAGCAAGCGCAUGGGCAAACGCCGGUGCCCCCGAAGCCUACAGGCCUAUUUCGGGACUUCCGCCGGCACUGCAGCAAAUCUUUGCCGCGGCUAAUAAAGGUCCGCAAUCGGCACCUGAGCCGGCGUCUGCCCCCCAGCCUGUAGCCGACGCUGCUGCUGCUUCCUCCGCCCCAUCUGCUCCUGCCCAGGAGUCUGCUGCUGACCAGUCUGCUGCUGCUGCCGCUGCAUCCGGAAGCAGCAAGAAGAAGAAGGCACCUCAGCUUGUCCUCCAAGAGCAGCCCAAACAGCCCUCCGCAGCCUCUGCCCAGGCAGCCGCCUCGGCCGCCACCAGCACCCCUGCCGACGACGCUGCAGCUGCUGGGGCGGCAGCAGCCGCACCGCGCCCUGAGCCCAAGCUGGCUCCAUGGGCCUCCGCCGCUGCUGCCAAGCCGCCCACAGCGGGCAUGACGCUCCGCGAAAUCCAGAUGCAAGAGGCGGAGGCUGCGGCCGCUAGGGCCGCACGCGCUGCCGCUGCGGCGCAGGAGGCGGCUGCGGCGCAGGCGGCUGCCGCUGCGGCCACCGCAGCUGCGCCGGCUGCGCCCGGCGUGUCCCCCUGGGCCAAGAUUGCGGCUACCGGGACCCCUGCGGCUGUCCCGGUACCAGCGCCGGCCGCAGCCUCUGCCUGGCGCCCGGCUGCGGCUCCGCAGCCGGCAGCUUCCGCAGCUCCCUCAGUUGCACCUGCAGCGCCUGCUGCUGCCUCGGCCCCGACCGACGUUUCGCCUUCCCGGAGGACCGCCCCGACCGCAUCCACAGCCGCCGCCGCCGUCGCCCCGGCGGCUCGUGGAGGCCGCUCUGCUGCUUCCCCGCCAUCAUCUGAGCCGCCUAGCGCGCCUGUUGGCGUUACGGGUACGGCACCCCGCGGUACGACGCUUGCUGAGCUGCUGGAGAAGCAGUUGAACCCCGCGGCGUCGGCGGCGGCCGCCGCUGCUGCGCCCAAGGCAUGGGGCGGCGCGGCCGCCAAGCCUCCGCCAGUGACAAACCUCCGUGCCGUACUGUACGAGGAGAGCGCCGCGGAUCUGGAGGGCGGUGCCGUGGACGAGGAUUUGUCGGAUGUACUGCCCAUGCUGCAGCAGAAGCAGCAGCAACAGAUGCCGCCGCCACCGCCGCCGCCCGCGCCGGCUGGCCCGUCGAACAAUGGCGGCUGGGCGGCCCCGCCGCCGCCGCCCCAGGCGCCGACGUUGCGAGACAUCCAGCAGGAGGAGGAGGCCCGCAGGCGGUCCGCUGCUGCUGCUGCCCAAACCGUCCCGCGUGUGGCGUCGGGUGCCGCUUCUGCUUCCGCCGCGCCAGCGAACGACGAUGAGGGGCUGUUUUGGGACUACGGACCGUCGGCUGCGGCGCCCGCCCGGCCGGCGCCCGAGCCGCCGAAGCCCGCGGCUGCCGCCAAGCCGGCGCCACCGCCGCCAGCUCCCACUUCCCGAGGCGGCUGGGCGUCGGCCGUGGGCUCCGCAGCUGCUCCGUCGUCAGCGGCUGCGAUAGCCGCCAAGGCUGCCGCCGCUGCCUCUGCUACCCGUCCGGCGAGUGCAGUUGUGGCGUCGAAGCCGGCGACGGUGACGGCGGCCCCCGCGCGUGCGCCCGCGGUCGCUGCGCCGGCGCCGUCGGCGUCUACGUCGUAUGCUCCGGCGGCGGCGUCGGCGCUGUCAGGGGGGAACGACGACUCGUCUGGGCUGUUUGAUGGUGAAAUGGCCAUGUCCGCUGAGUUCCAGAAUUGGUGCCGGGGCAAGAUGAUGGAAUUCUUUGGCAACGACGACUUGGCGCUGGUGCACUUUUUGCUGUCUCUGCCCAGCCGCAGCGAGGUUGCUGCUUACUGCGAGAUGUACAUGCCCGGUAAGCCCAACGUCUCCACGUUCGUUGCCGAGUUCCUGAAGCGGAAGGACGCCGACAUUGCGCGACAGUCCUCCGCCAAGGGCAAGAGCAAGGGCGGCGCCUCCGCCUCCUCCUCGUCAGCAGCUGCUGUUGCAGCCGGCAAGAGCGGCAGCAAGGGCGGUGCGGAGUGGCAAAAGGCCAGUGGAGGAGCCCAAGCGUCUGCCGGCUCGGCUAAGAAGGGCGCAGGAAAGCAGCAGCAGGUGAAGAAGGUGGCGGGAAUCACAGCCACGAUUCCUGGCUUCAGCCUUCUGUCUGACCGGGCGUAAUGUGGUGGGCAUGCGCGAGGAGGGCUAUCAUAGGUGGGUAGAGGAAGAGGGCGAGGGGUAGCAGUCUGGUAGCAAGGCGGCUUUGUGGUGGUGGUGGUUGAGGAGGCACAAGUCUUGGAAGGAUGUGAGGGUGUGUUGUUGAAGCGUAUCUCUUGCAGCGUAUCUGUCCGGCAGAGACGAAGGUGAUGGUAGCAAAGAGGGUUCGAGGAGGUCGGCGUGACACGCCGGGGCAUACACACGUGUUGGGGCGCAGGAGGACGAGCGGCGGUUCCGUUUGUGGCGUCUGUGGGCUUGAGAGGGUUCUGGUGAGGGGCCGCCCGGGGGCCGACCAGGUCCUUCCAUCGUAGGCAUGAUGGAUGGAUGGAUGGGAGGGGGACGGUUUGUCGACAUUGCAGCGUACAGCGCAACGUAUGGUGCAUGGUGUGCGAUGUGGACGUCAAGUGUUAGUAAGCAGCAUAGCAGGGACCGUCGUACCGGUACCUCCUUACCGUACUGUUGGCCUCCCUAGGGUGGCGAACGUCGGGUGGUGCCGUUAUGCGAUGUUCCAUGUACCGUGUUGUGUUCCGUGCGUCCGCGCUUACCACACACAAAGCGGCACACCGCCGUCAAAUGCCUUGCGUGCAGCGCGCAAAGCGCACAGCGGAUUGUAUACGCCGUUGAGACGGCGCAUGGCUAUAGGUGUUGAUAGCCCGUUCCAGACCCGUUGUCGGUUGUCGACCCGUUGCUGGUCUCUGCCGCUAUUUGGCCGUCGAUGCGUCGGUUGCCGUACCGCCGCAUCGAUGCUAAAAGACGGUUGAAGGCGGUGUAGUGCUGUUGGGAACCGGGAGUGCUGUCCCUCCUCAUCUUCCCUUCAAUAUCUAUUAUGCCUUUUGUUGAACCUGCCGGAACGUGUAACGCUGAGGGGUACGGUUGUGAAGUACUACUACUACACGUCCUAGUUCCUCCGCUAAUGAACGCUUCUGACCAAAAGGCGAGAAGGGAAGCAAGUUCAUGUGUCCCGCAUCGAACGUUUGAUGAGACGGCCCUACCGGUAAUGAGCCGCCUCUUGAACUGUUUCUAAAAGGAUAUAUUUGUCGGUUCCUCGCCCCCGUCAUGGCCAUAGCCCCCAUAAAAGCCCCGUCAAAAUUUCAUCUGGUUAUCUCCCAAGCCUUCAC